GGCCGGCUGUGCCCCAGUGAGAACGGCUCGUGUUGAUUUCAGAAGUCAUCAUGGCGCUCACUUCCACAGCCGAAGAGCACCCAUACGGCCACCUAAUCGACAGACUGCAGGAUGAAAAUACCAGGUUCUUCAACCCACGUAGACUGAAUGAUCCGAGAUAUGACAAGCUGCCUCUGUCCAUCCGUGUCUUUUUGGAGGCAGCUAUUCGUAACUGUGAUGGCUUCUACACAAAAGAAGAAGACGUUGAGAAUAUCUUGGACUGGCAGCAGCAGCAGAACAAAGCCGAGGUGCCAUUCUCUCCAGCACGCGUCCUUCUACAGGACUUCACUGGUAUUCCUGCCAUGGUGGACCUGGCGGCCAUGAGGGAUGCUGUGGCCAAACAUGGAGUAGACCCUGGUCUGGUCAACCCUAAAUGCCCCACGGACCUCAUAGUAGACCACUCAUUACAGAUUGAUUAUAGCAAAUGUGCCAUACAGAAUGCCCCCAACCCAGGUGGAGGCGACGUUAUAAACCAGAGCCAAGGCCCCUCUCGUUCAAUACCCAGCAGGCCCCCGUCCAGAGGAGGCUCACAGUGUGGCGGCCAGCGGGGCUCCUGUAGUAAAGCUGCCUGCAGUGACCCUCCGCCAUCCCCGGGUCAACCUCCUGCUUCUGUCCAGCAGAUCGAGAAUACACCUCUCCUCUGCCCUUUCCACCUGAAGCCCGUCUCUGAAACUGAAACAGCUGUGAAGAACCAGGAAAUGGAACUGAUACGAAACAAAGAGAGGCUUCAAUUCUUUAAGUGGUGUUCAAAAGCGUUCAGGAAUGUCAACGUGGUUCCUCCGGAUGUUGGCGCAGUCCACCAGGUGAAUUUGGAGUAUCUGUCCAGAGUGGUGCAGGUCAGCGAUGGUUUCAUCUACCCCGACAGCGUGGUGGGAACCGACUCUCACACUACCAUGAUCAACGGCCUCGGCAUCCUGGGCUGGGGUGUUGGAGGAAUUGAGUCCGAAGCGGUGAUGCUGGGCCAGCCGGUGUCUCUGACCCUUCCUCAGGUGGUCGGCUGCAAACUGGUGGGCUCCAUUAAUCCCAUGAGCACAUCCAUAGACAUCGUUCUCGGCAUCACAAAGCACUUGCGGCAAGCUGGGAUCGCUGGGAGGUUCGUUGAGUUUUUUGGACCCGGUGUCUCCCAGCUAUCGGCUCCCGACCGAACCACCAUCGCCAACAUGUGCCCAGAGUACAGCGCUACUGUCAGCUUCUUCCCCGUCGACCAAGUCACACUCAAGCACUUUAAAAAGACAAGUUUCACCCAGGAAAAACUUGAACUGUUGGAGUCUUACAUGAAGGCUGUAAAACUUUUCCGAAACUAUGAAGACCCUUCAGAAGACCCCCAGUACUCUGAGGAGAUUGAAAUCAACCUGAGCUCCAUGGUGCCCUAUGUGAGCGGACCCAAGAGGCCUCAGGACCGAGUAGCCGUGAGCAGCAUGAAAGAAGACUUCCAGAGUUGUCUAGAUGAGAAGGUGGGUUUCAAAGGCUUCCACAUCUCCAAGGAGAAGCAGGGGACGCGUGUUCCUUUCCUGCACUGUGGUCAGGAGUAUCAGCUGGCUCACGGCUCCGUGGUCAUCGCUGCUGUCAUCAGCUGCACCAACAACUGCAACCCGUCUGUCAUGCUGACUGCAGGUCUGCUGGCCAAAAAGGCAGUGGAGGCCGGGCUCGUGGUCAAGCCUUAUAUCCGGACCAGCCUGGCUCCUGGAAGUGGCAUGGUCACUCACUACCUCAAUACCAGUGGAGUCCUGCCUUACUUUAACCAGCUGGGGUUUGAGGUGAUUGGUUAUGGCUGUGCCACAUGUGUAGGGAACACGGCCCCUCUACCAGAACCUGUCGUGGAUGCUAUCAAACAGGGGGAUCUGGUGGCCUGCGGUGUGUUGUCUGGCAACCGGCACUUUGAAGGCCGCCUGUGUGACUGUGUGCGUGCCAACUACCUGGCCUCCCCUCCUCUGGUGGUAGCUUAUGCCAUCGCAGGCACUGUGGGAAUCGACUUUGAGAAAGAGCCUUUAGGUUUGACAGCAGAUGGGAAGGAGGUGUUUCUCUGUGAUAUCUGGCCGUCCAGGGAGGAGGUCCAACAGACUGAAGAGGACACAGUCAUCUCCUCCGUCUUUAAGGAUCUCCGGGGAAGGAUGGAGAAAGGGAACAUGUUUUGGAACAACAUCGAAUGUCCAGACUCUGUAGUUUUCCCCUGGGAUCACAAGUCCACAUAUAUCCGUUCUCCAUCUUUCUUCAGUAAACUGAGUAAAGAGGUGCCUGCUCCUCGGUCGAUAGAAAACGCUCAUGCCUUACUGUUCCUUGGCGACAAAGUGACAACGGACCACAUCUCACCAGCGGGCAGCAUCGCCAGGGUCAGCGCUGCUGCCAAGUACCUGCUGAGCAAACGGCUGACACCGCGGGAGUUCAACUCGUACGGCGCUCGCAGAGGGAAUGAUGCAGUCAUGACCAGAGGCACGUUUGCCAGCAUCAAGCUCCAAAAUCGAUUCAUCGGCAAACCAGGCCCCAAGACUUUGCACAUUCCUUCAGGCCAGACACUGGAUGUCUUUGAGGCAGCUGAUCGCUAUCAGAAGGAAGGCAUUCCCCUCAUCAUCCUGGCAGGCAAAGACUACGGCUCAGGAAACUCCAGGGACUGGGUAGCCAAAGGACCAUACCUGCUGGGCGUACGUGCAGUCAUCGCCGAGAGCUUUGAGAAGCUGCACAAGAACCAGCUGGUGGGAAUGGGCAUCAUGCCGCUCCAGUUCCUGUCCGGCCAGAACGCCGACUCUCUGGAGCUCAGCGGGAAGGAGAAGUUCAGCAUCAUCCUGCCCGAGAGCCUGAGUCCGAGGCAGCAGCUCACUGUCAAGACGAGCCAAGGGAAGUCCUUCUUCGUCACCGCCCUGUUUGACACUGAGAUGGACGUUAUCUUUUUCCAAAACGGAGGGCUUCUUAGAUACGUCGCUCGGACUUUACUCUGAAACUCUUUAGGUCCACGACCAGCUCCCCUCUUCAUUUAAAGUCUUCAGCAUGGAUGGAAAAGGCUCACUGAAGCGAGGCGACGGCUGAUGUUUUGUCUGUCUGAGCUGGAUUAGAGUCCCCAGACAUUCGGAGCGUCAGCUGUAAAAGGGUGUAGCCGAGCUGCUUUUAAAUCACUACACGUGGCUGUUUGUGCUUCUGCAACAGGACAAGACAAGACCCUCGAAGCAAACGCAAGAAGAAAUGUGGCAUUCCCUCAGUAAGGAGACAGCACCCCAGGCAACCUACGGACAUUAUUUUCACUGUUUCACUGUUGGAGGACAUUUUUUUCAUCAUGGAGCUGAGCCAAGAAGAACCCCUGCUUCUUUUGUCAUUUAAGAAAACAAUCCUGCCUAGAAAGGCUGAGAUGGCAUGAAUAUAUAGUUUUUACGGUGCAGUUUUGCCCGUUUUUUUUCCUACAUCAAAGUCAAAUAUUGUGAGUUUUAAAUAAUCUUGACGUGCGUUCCCCAGAUUUCCUGUUGGGGCCAAUCGAUCGUAUGUAAAUUAAUGUUAAUAUUUCUUUAAUCAAACCUUUUGCAGAAAACCUCUUAAGUUGCCUCGGUCAUCCAGUCACUUUUUAUUGCAGGAAGUUGGAGGAAUUUCUGUUUUUGCUGUUACUGGUGUCACUAAGCUCCUUACGUUCAGAUGGCUCCUACUUCAACUGACCGGUCCUCUGCAUCACAUUAAAAGUCAAUUAAAACAGCUCUGACACGACGCCUGUUUCCACUCCUGGUGCUAAGUUAAACGACGAGUAGCUGCAGCUCCUCACUUCGUACACACGUGUGGUAUCGAGAGAAGCCGUUCUUUGACGCCCUGCUGUGAUUUGACAUGAAGUGAUGAAUGCAGUGUAAACGUAGCAUAUUGUCUCCUGUCAUUCACCUUCACUUCUUAAACCCUUCUGCUCCUUGCAUGAGGAGCCUGUCCGUCUGUCCAUCCUAGAGUGAAGUGAUUCAUCACCACUUCUUUAUUAGAACCGGCUAGAUUGCAGUUUGAACUGAAGUUUAAGUGAAAAGACUCCAGCCCUGCCUUUCGCACAGGUAUUAACGAUCCACCAGAGGUUAACGUGUUGAGGCUCUGUGCGACUUCACACCUGUGCAUGUUCAUACAACUGUGACUCAGUAAAGUGUUUUGGUCGGCAACGUCAUUCUGAAAUAUCCAUCCAGUGUCAAAUGUCAGCCUUUAAGCAUUUAUGUUUAAUAGAGAGCAUGAUGUUGUGCUGGCUGUGUUUUUUUUUUUUGUUUGUUUUGUUUUGUUAUGAUGUUAUCGCCUACACGUGUCUGUAAUGUGUUGAAACCAUGAACUGCCUGAAAAGUUUGCCAAACCGCCAUCCGUAUUCAGAGUGAACAGAGACGGUGUUUUGCUUUGUCCAAAGGCAGGCAGCGAGCAUGUGACAGUUUUUCCCGGUGAGUGCUUCACGCUACAGGAGUUUUAGUUGGGUCUUCUUAGUUUGAGCCGUCUUCAUUUGCGAUGGGCGUCCUCGUGUGCGGCAGUUGUAACUAGUCCGCCGCUUCCAUUAUCACCUACUUAUGAGGAGGCAAGGUAUGCAAACCAAGUGUAUCGCUGCACACGCAACAGGGAGGCUGUUCUUAUCGCUAUAUCUCUAUUGUAAAUAGUUUUUAAUAAAUGCUAAAGCAAA